AUGCAAACUGAAGUUGCUCCCUGCACAGAAGGUAAAAUGUUAUUUAAAUGUAGAUCAAAAUUAAAAGGACACUCUUAUUAAGAUGGAUAAUUAAACAAAUGAAGAAGACAUUUAGAAUUAAAAUGAAGCAAUGGAUAUUGAGGAUAAUAAUUCCAAUUAAUAAAAUCAGAGUAAGAAAUGUAAAUAUCUUUUCUUAGGAAAAAGAAAAUAAAAUAAUGUUUAAACAAAGCCAGAUCUAAUUAUUAAUGAGAAGAGAUAAAGAAAACCACCUUAAAAUGCAUUUGUUUAUCGUGAUCCAUCUCCAUAAAAAAUUGUGGAAAAAAAAAAACCUUAAAAAUACUAAAUAAGUUCAAGAAUGAAUGAAAUUUGUACAAAUAUUGAGAAAUGGGAGUAGUUUUAGAAAAGCUUAAACAAAUUAGGAUAUCCUAGUUUAGUUUUAGAUCAAGAAAAAAUUAAUGAUUUAUUAAAAGAUUAUGAUUAGAAAGAUGAAGCUGGUAAAGAAUAUUAUUUGAAAAUGAUUCUUAAAAUUGUUGGAGAAUCUAUGUGUUCUAAUAAUAAAACUGAUAUUAAUCAAUAGAUAAAAAAUACAAUUGAAUAAUUAAUUUAAAAUAAGAACAUUAUAAUAAAUUGGACGUUAUAAAAGUGGGAAGAAUAGAUUAAGUCCUUUUUAGAAAUUAGAGCUGAAUUAAAUGAAGAUAUCUAGUUUACAUCUCAUUUUGAUAUUUAAGCUUUGCAAGCUCUUAUUGGAAAUAAUCUACCUAAUUAUAUAGAAGAAUCUAAAUUCAAUAUUACAUCAAUUGCAUUGAAAUCAAAACAAAUUGAUGAUUUAAAAAAAGUAUGUGAUUUAAAUGAAUUAAAAAAUGUAAGAUUAAUAAGAGAUUAUUUGAUUACUUUAAAUUAAAGAAUAGAUUAAUUAAAAAAACUUAAAGAGAAAAUAAAUUUAAUAAAAAAAUAAGAAGAUGAAAAUGAUAUUAUAGAAUAACACAAUUAAUAGGAUUCUAAAAUUUUAGAGCUUAAAAAUACACCAAUUAAAUUUCAUUAAAAAACAGAAGUUAAAUUAAAGUCCUCUACAACUUAACCUAAGUAAAAAUCAAAACCAUAAAACCUUGAGAAUAUAGAAAAUAAUUAAAGUAAUGAAAAUGAAUAAAUAAAUUCAUAAAUAAACGUAUAAACUGAAUCAAAUUAAGCAACAGAAUAAAAAAUAAAUGAAAAUAAAUAAAAUAAAAAGAAAGAAAAGGAAUAAUAAAAAUAAGAGAAAGUUACUAAAGGAGCACUUGAUAAAUAUAAAUUUAAGAAACUAGAAAUAUAAGAAAUUCCAACUUAAUCUAAUAAAAUAGAAACAUAGAAUAAUUAAUUUGAAACUGUGUCUUCUCCAAAAGAUAACAAUUAAUAAAUACAAGAUAGAGAUAUUUAAUAAUAAGAUUCAAAUGAACCAUAAUAAAUUCGUUAAAAUUGUCAAUAAUAAUAAUAAUAAUAAUAAUAAUAAUAAUAAUAAUAAUAAUAAUAAUAAUAAUAAUAAUAACAAUAAUAAUAAUAAUAAUAACAUCCAUAAUAACAAACAUAAUAAAACUUAUUAAGCUCAUUAGGAUAACUAUUAAAUUAAUUCUCAUAAAAUCCAAACUUAUCAUAAAAUAAUUCAUAAUAGAUUUAAGUAGAAUAAUAGGGAGAUCAAAUUAUUAUUGAUGCAUAAGUUUUGGAAAUUGAUGCAGGAAGUGAAUAAGAAUCAAAUUUAGAAGGAGAUCAAUAAUAAAAUAACAAUUCUUUAAAUGCUCUCAAUAACUUAGUCAAGUAAAUAUUUUUUAUAUGAUAUAGCAAUUUAUUUAAUUUAGAAUAAUAGCAAAAUCAAUAUUAACCCCAGUAAUCAUUUUCAUCUCCAUAAUAAUAAUAAUAAUAAUAAUAAUAAUAAUAAUAAUAAUAAUAAUAAUAAUAAUAAUAAUAAUAAUAAUAAUAAUAAUAAUAAUAAUAAUAAUAAUAAUAAUAAUAAUAAUAAUAAUAAUAAUAAUAAUAAUAAUAAUAAUAAUAAUAAUAAUAAUAAUAAUAAUAAUAAUAAUAAUAAUAAUAAUAAUAAUAAUAAUAAUAAUAAUAAUAAUAAUAAUAAUAAUAAUAAUAAUAAUAAUAAUAAUAAUAAUAAUAAUAAUAAUAAUAACCUCAAAAUACAGGAAAAAAUCUUAAGCAUUUCUUUUUUGAAAAGAAAUAAUAGGUUGUUCAUAAAUAAGAUGAAUAUUAACCAAAACAAUUAACGCCUUAUAGAAUGGAAUAAUUUGAAAUUUUGAUUGAAAAAAUGGCUAAUAUGCAAUUGCAAGAAGAAAAAAUAUAAGUGUCUUUAAAUGAUUAUAAUUGUGAUGAGAUUGAAAUUUAAGAAACAAAACCAUAAUAAUAAGUUAGAAUUAGAAAAAUACAUAUUUAUAUUGCAGAUUCCGAAAAAGAAUAUAAUGGACAUUAAUUUAUAUAAUUAAGUCAAGUCAUCAGACCAAGAGCUCCUUUCUUGUUAGGUAUAUCUAUAUAAUGAAUAUUUAGACGAUUAAAUUGAUUAUGAUAAAGAUUCUUUAGAUGAAGUUGAGGAAAUGUUAGCAGAGAACCUCUCAGAUGUUAAUGACUCUGAUGAAGAUGUAAGUGAGGAAAGUGAAUAAAAGGAUAGUUUUCUUGUAGAUGAUAAUCAUCUAUCUCAAGAUGAGAUCGAAGAUCCUGAAGAAUUACUAAAUAAUAAAUGCAUUGCAAAUAAUACAUAAGUGUAAAAUGGAAUAGUAUAUAUAAAAUUCUCAUAAAUUGAACCAAUAUUCUUUGAAACUUAUAAAGCCUAAUACAUUCCUUAAUUUUUUACUACAUAACAAUUAAAAGAUUAGAGUAAUGGAAAUAUUUUAUAAACUAUUGCAACUUAAUAAGGAAAUAACAAUAAAUAAAUUUAAAUUCCAAAGGCUAAAAUGAGUUUUAGUAAUAAUAAUUAAAAAAAACAGAACAAACCUAAAAAAUAAAAAGCAAACACUACUAAUGAUUAAUUAAAUUAAAGUUCUUCUCUAUUUUCUCUAAAAUCCUAAUCAAAUAAUAAAUCUCAAGUAGAAAAAACUACAAUAAAAUAAUAAUAAAAAUCUUAGACAAAAUUAGAUAAUAAGGUUGAUGAAGAGAAAAUACAAUAAAAAAAUGAUGAGAAUAAUAAUAAAUGCAAAUAAGAAUAAGGAGAGGAUCAACAAAGAGAAUAAGAUAAUGAAUAGAAUCAAAAAUUGUAAUAAAAUUUUAAUGAUGAAAACUUAUAAUGA